UGCGCAUUGAACGUGACGGCGCUAGACAAGUGUAGUACUGUGUGCUGUGGUAAAAAAUAAAAAUAAAUAGCGAUAAAGCUUACAUACGUCCUUAAUUUUGUUUUUUUUUCUGAUCUUUUGUUGGUUUCCGUAAGUAUUUAUCGUAGCUACUCUGUGUGGCUUAUUGUUAGCACAUUUAGCAGCUGGUGUUUUCAGGCUUAGACAUAACGCACGUAUCAUCCUUAAUAUAUUACAUUUUUAUAAAGCGUUAAAACAACCGUAAAACGCUAAACGUAUGUACUUCAGCGUGUUUUUUUUUGACAGAAUCUUCUUGCCCAGUUUUAACUUAUGGUAUCUGUUUCAAAUUAUGGUACCACCUAUGGUAAUACAGUGGUAUCUGUAUUAGGCCUGAAUUAGCUUUUCCAAAGUUCAUUGAUUUCUUGAGCGUUUUCAGUUGUUAAAACCGUAACCCAUGUAUUGCAGUUUAAAUAUAUAUAUAUAUAUAUAUAUAUAUAUAUCCAUAUAUCCCCUCCCAAAAAAAUUCUUUCUAAUUUUUAUUCGUGUCCAAUUCCUCCCUGACACUAGGGGGCUCCCACAUUAAGGCUACUACUACUACUCGGUCGUGUUUACUCCGAACCACGUGACGCCAGCCGACCGCAUCUUUUCGAAGUGCCCGCAUCUUUUUGAGGGCGGAGUAACACACUUGGAGGACGGCGCUAUCCGCUCCUUCCACUUGCGUGAGCUCACAGACGCCCCUGAUUGGCUGUAAUGUGGGAGCACGAAGUACUUCUCAUCCCUCCCCUCUGAGAGAACUCGGCCAAUCAGCUCUCUAAACGUCUGCCUGUGAAAGGUUACAGCAUCACCCGGGAAUCGAACCAGCGAUCUCCGGAUGAUAGGGCGAGCACUUUACCACUUUGUGGUUAUUAUUAGGGCCCAAGUACUAUGCCACGAGCUCUAUGUCGUCAUAGUGUGUGAUGGCCAUUGGCCAAUCCAUGUAUGAAAAUGAUGUCUCGUGCUCCCUGAACCACUUUUUUUACAAUUUGAGUCCUAUGAAUCCUGGCAUUGUUAUCCUGAAAUAUGCUCAAAGAAAAAAAAAGUCCACUGAUGGUAAGAGCUGGUUAUUCAGUGUAUUCAGGUCAUCAGCUGACCUCCAUUUUUUUGGGCCUCGACCAUUUAAGAAGUAAUUUGAUAGCGAAUCUGAUGGUUUGCUGCAGUGACCCCUCAGUGGGAGCAGCCGAAAGAGCAACUGAGAUCAUGUUUCCACUGUCUGCCACUGUCUAUCCAUUACAGAUUUCAACAGUAGCCGCAGUUAUUUCAUUAUAAACAUUAGAAAGAUUAUGUGUAUAACUUAAAUGUUUCUGUUUACCCCCUGAAGGAAUGGGCGAAGUAUGUCGUCUUUGCCGGCUCUAAUUUCGUUCUUAACACUAAGUGCACUCAGUGCUUCACCACUUAAAGUUCCACACCUUAAUUACUGCUACACAGAAGAUGCCUGUAAUCCAUAUAACUGGGUGAAACAGUUUAGUAACUGCAUCACCACAGAGUCGACGCUGCAAUCUCCCAUUGAACUGAAGCCUGUUGGUAUUAAGAAUGACUCCAUCAGUAGUCUACAGUUGCGAGGCUUCAGUGUGCCACAGAAAUCAUGGACUGUAAUGAAUCUCGGAGACACUGUUGUUGUGAAGUUUCAAGCAGGCAUGACUGUGAAAGGUGGCAGCAUAAACCAUGAUUACCGAAUUGUAGAGAUGAGAUUCCACUGGGGUUCGAAUACCACCAACGGAUCAGAGCAUAAAUUUGACAAGCGCAGGUUUCCUAUGGAGAUGCAGAUUAUAGGUCUUGCUCCUGGAUUCGCUGAUGUGGAAGCUGCUUCUGUUGUGCAGUCAGGCCUGCUUAUGAUGGGAGUCUUUGUUGAUAUCACCUCUGAUGAGAACAAAGCUUUUAAAGCCAUAUCUCAUGCCGUCGCCAACGUGCCGUACCCAGGGGAUUCAAUGAAGGUGACUCCUCCAGCGUUGUCAAACCUCCUUCCUGAUAAUUAUACAUUCUAUCAGUAUCAAGGAGGCCAGACAACUCCGCCCUGCCGCCAGACUGUGACUUGGAUUGUGUUUGAGAAGCCCAUUUUCAUCUCCAGACAACAGCUUUUGCCGUUCAUCACACAGGUGUAUCACUCGGAUAAAAAUGACACGGUGAAAAAGCAGUUGGUGAACAACUAUCGUUUCAUCCAGCCGACCUUGAACCGCCAAAUCUUUGUUUCUUCUGCGAGAAAUGCUGCUCUGAGCCAGCAUGCACUCUUCAUCCCCGUUCUCUUCAUCACCAGCAAGCUGUCUCUCAUGAUUCCUUAAACAGUGAAGCAUCUGAGCCAGCGCACACACAUCCCCCGUACAGUUCUGAUCUCCUUAUCACUUAGAUAAGUAUGUUAAGUGUAGAAAAAAUUAUAUAGAGAAAUAAAGGAAGUUUUUACUUCUGCUAUUCUGUAGAAUGGAAAGGCCCAGAUUGACUUGAAUGCCAAAUCUUUAUUUAUUUAUACAGCAUUUAUUCUGUAUUAGGCAAUAUCCCAUUCCAGCAUUUAAAUCAAUAACUGUUUUGUGAAAUAAAUGUCCAUCUUAGGAGGCAUUCUCAUGCAGUUUAAGCAACAUCCAAAAUAUGCUGUCAAUAAUAUAAGUCAGCCUUAAAUUGCUUCAUAUUUGGAGUGUAAAAAUAACCUGAGUCCAACAAUGCUGUUCACGUAAAUGUAAAUUAAACUGCAGAUUGCUGCUUUAUUGUUGUUACAUUUUGAAAUGUUCGGUUUCAGUUUAUUGUUUAUUUUCCAUUUUUGGAAACGUUGCAUACAUUGUUAUCAGUGUUAAGAAAUAUUGUCAUAGUUAAUCGACAAGCUUUUGUUAGUUUUACAUGCUUUUGAAAGAAGCUUUCAGCGGGAAAAGAAAUGGUCUCGAAUGGAGUACAACGAGAGCAAAUGGAUGCACAAAGUCAUUUAUUUACCUAAUACUGUACAACUUAAAUUAAGAGCUAUUAAUGGCACGCCUGCGCGAAAAAAAAAUCUGAUAUACGUUAUUGUUGUUGUAUUGAAUGUAUGUUGAAAAUAGUAAAUGCUUUCAAAGCUUGGUUGGCUCUCUCA